GUCCAAGCUGACUAAUGAAGACUUCAGAAAGCUUUUGAUGACCCCGCGGGCUGCGCCAACAUCUGCGCCACCGUCCAAAUCUCGCCACCAUGAGAUGCCCCGGGAGUACAAUGAAGAUGAAGAUCCAGCUGCUCGCAGAAGGAAGAAGAAAAGCUAUUAUGCAAAGCUGCGCCAGCAGGAGAUAGAGCGUGAGAGGGAGCUGGCUGAGAAGUACAGGGAUCGAGCCAAGGAGAGGAGAGAUGGCGUGAACAAGGACUAUGAGGAAACGGAGCUGAUCAGCACAACUGCCAACUACAGAGCUGUGGGGCCGACGGCAGAGGCGGAUAAAUCUGCUGCGGAGAAGAGAAGACAGUUGAUCCAGGAGUCCAAGUUCUUGGGUGGUGACAUGGAGCACACUCACUUGGUGAAGGGUCUGGACUUUGCGCUGUUGCAGAAGGUACGGGCUGAGAUUGCCAGCAAGGAGAAGGAAGAGGAGGAAAUGAUGGAGAAGCCCCAGAAAGAAACUAAGAAAGAUGAAGAUCCUGAGAACAAAAUUGAAUUUAAGACCCGGCUGGGUCGCAACAUCUACCGCAUCCUGUUCAAGAACAAGGCCUACGAGCGGAAUGAGCUGUUCCUGCCAGGGAGGAUGGCCUACGUGGUAGAUCUGGACGAUGAGUAUGCUGACACGGAUAUCCCAACCACGCUGAUCCGGAGCAAGGCCGACUGCCCCACCAUGGAGGCACAGACCACGCUGACCACCAACGACAUUGUCAUCAGCAAGCUGACACAGAUCCUCUCCUAUCUCAGGCAAGGGACCCGCAACAAGAAACUCAAGAAGAAAGACAAAGGGAAGCUGGAUGAGAAGAAACCCCCUGAAGCUGAUAUGAACAUCUUUGAAGACAUUGGGGAUUACGUACCCUCCACUGCAAAGAUGCCACGGGAGAAGGAGCGGGAGAGGUACCGUGAGAGAGAGCGCGACCGGGACAGGGACCGGGAGCGGGACAGGGACCGGGAACGCGAGAGGGACAGGGAGCGUGACCGUGAGCGGGAGGAGGAAAAGAAGAGGCACAGCUACUUUGAGAAGCCCAAGGCUGACGAUGAGCCCACAGACAUCGACAAAGGACCCGGCUCAGCCAAGGAGCUCAUCAAGUCCAUCAAUGAGAAGUUCGCUGGAUCAGCUGGCUGGGAAGGAGCAGAGACUUUGAAGAAGCCAGAAGACAAGAAGCAGCUGGGGGACUUCUUCGGCAUGUCAAACAGCUACGCCGAGUGCUACCCCGCUACAAUGGAUGAUAUGGCUGUGGACAGCGAUGAAGAGGUGGACUACAGCAAAAUGGAUCAGGGUAACAAGAAGGGACCUCUGGGGCGCUGGGACUUUGACACCCAGGAGGAGUACAGCGAAUACAUGAACAACAAAGAGGCUCUUCCCAAGGCGGCCUUCCAGUAUGGGAUCAAGAUGUCUGAGGGACGCAAAACCCGUCGCUUCAAGGAGACAAAUGACAAGGCAGAGCUGGACCGGCAGUGGAAGAAGAUCAGUGCGAUCAUCGAGAAGAGGAAGAAGUUGGAGGCUGACGGGGUUGAGGUGAAGCGGCCCAAGUACUGA